GAAAAAAUGUGAAAAUUCAAAAACUCUAAAGUGUCAAAAUAUCGAAGUUUGAAAGUUUGAAAGUUCGAAAGCUAAAAGAUCGUAAAAGUGUGAAACCGAAAUUUGGAAAACCGAAAAUGUCGAAUUACGGAAUAGUUGGAGAAACACACGGAGAAUUUUUACCCCGUGGAAGUUGAACGCAAGAAGGUAGGGGUUCACCUAUACAUAUACAGUAGAUUUUCUAAUUCAUAGAAGACACAGAGAACAGUUGCGUAGCAAUCAAGUAGCGAAGUGGGUGUAUAGAUUCGCUUUCUUCGAUCUGAAAUUAUUUUCGGCACGAACACUGUACAUUAGAUAGAAUUAUUUAAAAAUCCUGGCUAAAAGCAUUAACAGCGAUCAGGAAUUUAUCGUUUUCCAUUAAAGUGGGUGCGAUUCGAAAUAAGGAAAAAACGUAAUCGUUCUUCGAGAUGUCAUCGAUCGUUUUAUUAUUGUUGCACCUCAAUACGCUCUAUUUAACUUACUGCGAUGCAAGCGACGAUGGUGUCUCGAAACUAUAUAGCGAUUCCUCUUCGAGGAACGAAGAGGAUGUUACGGAAACGCAACAGGCGAUUUGCAAAGUCGCCACGGACGAAUUGGUCGCGACUGCACGUGCCACAGUCACGAGAGUACUUACCGGAGCCUGCAACGCGAAAACAAUCGACGAAAAGUUGCAAGCUCUAGAGAAAAGUUUGACGAGAGAGCUGGAUGGGAUCAAGGAGUUGUUGUACACUGUCUUAGAGGAGAAGAAGAACUUUUCUAGAUCAACGAACGCGCCGAAUAAUUAUCAGGAAGACGAGGACGAUACGCGUUCUCCGAGGCAAUUAGAAAUCGAUCGUUUCAAUAAUACCAUUCAGGAAGUUUCAUCGACAAACGGAUCCACGAGAUUCUUCUUUUAUUACUGGCAAAUAAAAAGUUUCGACGAAAAGCUUGCAGGCUGGAAAACCGCUCGUUCCGAGCGUAGUUGUACAUUUUACGCGGGCCAAAAUGGAUACGCCAUGUACAUGAAAGUGACACCGCGAUAUUUUCCGGACGGUACAGUUUUCAUAGGUGUCGGACUGACUCGAGGCCGUCACGAUUCCGUUCUCAAAUGGCCAUUCCCCCAUAAGAUUCGUCUCGAGGUUUUAGAUAAUUCGCCCGAACAGCUACGACAAGAUCGACGCUCUCGAAUUUGGGACCCGUCCAUGCUUUGCACGGAAUAUUUUUGGGGUCGUCCAAAAUUAACCGGAGAAUCGGAUAAUCCAGAAUGCGUCGGAUCGAGCGUCCCCCGACAGCUUCUUUUCUCCAAACUACCUCUCAUGAAAGAUCGGUCUUCGAGAAAUACUAGAUAUCUUUGGAACGGUAGUAUCACGAUCAAGCUGACGGUUUAUCUUCGAACGAUCGCUUGAUUUAUCCAACAAAUUCGCU